AUGACAACGAUGAAAAUAUGUCAUUGUUCGCAUACACCCAAAUGCUCAACGACAGUAAUUGUACACAAAUCACAUAACGAGCCGGUUUAUCAGGAAUUACAAAGAAUAAAAGUAAUUAGCAAAGAAAAAGAAUAUUCAACAUGUCAAUGUCAAAAUUCAACACAAGAAUAUAUAAUCUACAAAUGGCCAAACAGUAACUUUGUCGUAAGGAAUGAUGACCAUUUUAAGAACGAAGCAACGGUCUCAUUCGGACAAGAAUGGUCAAAGUCUAAACUAACAAAUGUGGUAGACGUUGUAAAUUAUUACAAACCGAACCCAAAAAGUCAUGUUUACCUGCCUGAGAAUACAUUUGACACCAACGGGAAGAUCAGAGGGCAUAUGGGAGGAGAAACCACAUUUCGUAGAGAUCCACAAUCAAAUCGGCAAGACCACUUGAACACUCAUACGAAUGAUAACAAUAUCUACCACCAGUUUAAUGAAGUAGAAUCUGUAGACUCGGACAAAGAUACAGUGGUUCCAGAAGCAAGGGUUAAAGGCCUGUUUGAAGUACCCUUUGACGUCUAUUCAAUGCCCAGACUAAUUGCUCCAUUUAAAGGGUUCUCCAAAAUAAUAACGCCAAGAGCAAUAAGAUUAAUUAACUUUACAGAAACUGAAGAAGGCAAAUUAAUGUGUAAAAUAGAUAAAAACGCCAUGAAUAUAUUACAAAAACAAGUCGGAGAUUUAAACGUAGUCUCAGUUAGCUUCGUAGGAGAUCCAAAAUCAGGCAAAAGCUUUUUAGCAAGCCUUUUGGUGGGAAAAGAUAACACAAGUUUUAACAUAUCAGAAUCAUACAUAGACCCAAAUAACAUGCUUGUCGAUGGAUCAGUGUGGGUCUACAUAUCAGUUUAUCAAGAAAAGCACGCUUACGUGUUUUUGGACUUUGAAGGAUUUGAACACUCAGAAAAAAACAGAACUAAAAUGUUACUGUUUGCAUUUUCACUCUCAAACUUGGUAUUUUGUAAUGUAAAAUAUUCAUUGAUGAAUGGAAUCCAUAAUUCAAUAACGGCAAUGAUCCAACUAACCAAAAAACCAACUUCAAACGAGACCUUGGGAGACCAUGAUAAUUCACAAGAAGAGAAUGAGUUUUUGGAAAUAAUCAAAGGUCAAGGAACCCGUCUUCUGAGCCGUUCAUACGAUAGCCAGAAUUUUGUUGAUUUGGUUCCGAACUUUGAAGAUUCUGAAAAUUUUCAAAGUGAAAGAAAGGAACUUUGGAGUGCACCAAUAGUCCAAUUUGUUUUCAGGGACUCCUCAGGGUUUGUCAAAUGUAUAGACGAUCGCAUUUUUACACCAGAAACCUUGGUGGAACAAGGAAUUUUUGAGAAUUAUUUAGACCUUUUCACCACUGAAGAAAGAGAUCCUAAUUUUAGGAACGAAAUGCUAGACUCAUUUGAAGUAUUUACUAACCGGAAGUAUAUCUCACUGCCACAUCCAACGCUUUCGACCCACCCGUACGGCGAUAACGAUUAUUCAAAAGAUGAAGAUUCAAACCUAGCUGAUUUCUUCAUGAAGCUUCUCUCCUCGGACAAAAACGACUUUAAAAGGUUCACAAGGUUAAGUUACGACGAUUUAACUCUUACAUCUAAUCUCAGCAGCCUGUUCCACGAAAAACUCGACCAACUCAAGUCGCUUCUGUAUCACGAUACGCUCAACUACGCCAUGGCACGCCCUCAAGUUAACGGGAGAAUGUUCGGAGAGUACCUUAAAAAAAUGGCCACCCAUUUUAACAAGGACAACUCUCUAACGGUUGAUAGAUUAAACGAUAUGCUUUCAUCCGUGUUUUUAAACGAGAAUAAUGUGAUCCUAAAGGAGGCAUUGGUCAAAUUCUUAAAGGAAAUCCGAGCAAAAGUAGCUCCCAAGCUACCAAUGGACAGCAAAGCACUACUAAAUUUGGCCCUGUCAUCAAAAUUCACAAGCUUAAACUACUUCGAAUCAAAUGCUUUCGGAACACGACAAGAAUAUGAAAUGAAGUUGAAUGAACUGUCAGAAACACUUGAGGACCUAAUUAGAAAAUUAGAAAAUAAGAAUAAGACACUGAUGAUGGAGCAACUUGCAAGCUACGUCGAUAGAAAGGAGCACAUCAUAAGGAGUAAUCUCUUAAAGAGAGAAUACACCUUAAAUGACCUAAAUGAAGACUUAACUAAACUUAAAAAAUCAUUAAAUAACAAAUUUUCAGAUUCCGAGCUCGUUUCAAAGGUCCUCGCCAGAGCCUCAAGUAACCUAGUUUCUCUUUUUAACGACACUCAUCCAGAAACUUUCGUCCACAAUCUCAGUUAUUCCAAAUCCUCAAGUAUAGAAGAAACAUUCCAGAACCUUAAUACCUACAUAUCAAACAUUUCAUCACAUUUGCAAGCAGAAACCAAUCCUAAGAGCCCACCAGGUUACUCUGGGGCUGCCGAAAGUGUAAUGAACACCUACAGGGGAAAUCAGAAUAAUAAGUUAGAUAGCGACCUCGGAGAUAAUACUUUAGAUGGAGAUUAUUACGAUUCGGAUGAUGAUGACGAAUAUGAAUACGAGGAUUAUACUGAUGACGAUGAAAACGAUGAUUCGGAAGAUGAAGUGGAAGUUUCAUCAGAUGAUGAGUAUGAAUUAGAAGUAGAGGAACUAGAGGAAACGGAAACUUCAGAAGAUGAAUCAGAAAGUACUAAUAAUGUAGAUUAUUUAGAAGAGGACGAUGAAAGUGAUGUUGUAGUGGAGGCCGAGGUACUAGAAGAUGAAGUAGAAUCUCUAUCACUCGAGGACGAAGAGGAGUCUGAAGAAGACGAUUCUCAGGUACAAGAUAAUAAUGAAAAUAAAUCUGAUGAUACCAGUGUAUAUGAACACACACCAGAUGAAAAUGUUGAUGAACCAGACGAAGAAGACUCAGAAUCACAAGAAGAUAACCAAGUUGUGUGUAAUACUGAUUCCAAUCAGGAUUAUCAGCUAUUAGGUGAAUGCGGGGGUACACAAAGUUUUAUAGAUGAUCCCGGAGAAAUGACGUCCCAAAACUUUGAUGAUGUUUACGUAGAUAACGAAAAAAUGGAGAACGAUCAGGACGAGGUGGUAGAAAUCCUUGAAGACGAUUUCGCACAAGAAGAUAUUGAAGUAAAUGAUAAAAAGGCAGUUUUGCAAGAAAUAUUUGAAAAAUCAGCCGACGAUUUCAUGGAAUCGAGAGCCGCUAAAAACGUUCCACCGUAA